GUGUUUCAGUGCAAAUAAUCGUGUUACUUGUGUUAAUAUUGUAGUAAUUUCAAUCAGUGAAUGGAUCGAUACCGGUACCGUGCUACAAUCAAUUGGCGAUUCAGUCGAUAGUUAAAAACCAAAAUAAUGCCUCGCAGAAAGUCAAAUUUGGGCCGUCGCACUCACAAUGCAGAAGGAUUAAGGAGAUGGCGUUCGAAUAUCACUGAGGAAGAGCAAACAUCUUUACGAGAGAGGAACAGGCUAAACACCAUCCAGACACUUAACAUGGACCCAGCAGAAAGACGAGCAGCCAGGCUUGAGGAUGCACGAUUGCGAGCACGUCAGUCGCGUUCUGCAGCAACAGAUUUGGUUCGUUUUGAACGCAAUGAACGCGAAAGGGUGAGGAUAGCUGAAACACGAACAGAAAGAACAGCUGAUCUGCAUCUGGAAUACAAUCGUCUUGCGUUCCGGUACAAUCCAGCUAUUGAUUAUAGUUCAAGUCAGCAUGUUGUCAUUGGUCAGAUGAGUCAUGUAUGUAGCUACUGCCAGGCUCUAAAGUUUAAUAAUGAAACGAAAGGGAUGUGUUGUGCUGGCGGAAAAAUCAAAUUGCCAUAUCAAUCCUGUUUUUAA